AUGGAGGGCGACGAGGUUAUCGGCACACCAAAGCAUCCCGACUGGCUGCAGAUGGUGCGCAUUAAGGAAGGGGAAGUUCCCCAUGUGAUCGCCUAUGUGUCAACUAGGCUAUCCCGCUAUCGUCCCGCUAUGCGCUGUGACAUCGUUGACCAUCGCGACAUCCUCGUCCUCUCCCUCUUCAGCGGGGGUGAGGUUCUUAACUUAAUGAACGUCUAUUCCGACGAUCAGCAUACAGCCAUUGAGCGCCUCACUGCUCGUGUGCAUUCUCUACCACCUUUCAUUUAUAUGGCUGUCGUCGAUGGCAAUAAUCCAAACCAGAGAUCCAACAUCUUGGAUCUUGUAUUCUUAGCUCCAUCUGAGAUUUUAAUCUCAAUGCCCAGAUUGGAGCACGAUCUCCAGGGUCCGUCAGAUCAUAUCCCGAUCUGUACAGAUCUUGAUAUCGGUCCCGAACCACCUGGAUCUGGGUGUCGGACAAUUAAACCUGGGAGCGAGGCUGAAAAGUCUUUCAUUUCGGACAUUCUCCGGGAUCUUGCGGCUAUUCCUGUUGCAGCCCCGGCAACCAAGGAAGGCGUUGAAGCUUUAGCUGAUGCUAUCGCGACAGCAUUCUCAGACGCAUGGCUUGCCCAUUCGACCAAGUCCAAACCUACCAAACACUCCAAGUCCUGGUGGACGGACGAGUGCUCAGAGACAUUCGGAGUAUAUCAGUUGAGCCGCUUGCUCGCUGAUUACAACAAGUUUAAGAAGGUGUGUAAGGACGCCAAGUGUGACUUCUUCGAUGAAUGCAUUGCAGAGAUCGCCACUUCUCGCAAGCGCCCAUGGGACCUAAUGGAAUGGGUCAAACAGCGCAAGCUACCCCCCUGUGAGGCUAUUCGCAAUGGCGAACAGCCUUGCCACGAUAUGGACGACCUUUGGGACGCCCUGCACGGCACGUACAACUCGGCCUCUGGUCGCGAGUACGACGCCUCAGUCUUAGACGAGCUUCCCGACGAGCCGGUCCGCGAGUGGGCUGACUUCUCGGAGCAUGAGUUGUUGAGUGCCCUUAAGGGGUGCUCCAACUCCUCUGCACCAGGACCGGACCACGUUACAUGGGUCCACCUAAAGGAGCUGCUCAAGGAUAAACACGUCCUUGCGCUCUUCAUCGUGCUGGCCAACGCUUGCCUUCGGGUGGGUCAUUGGCCGCAUAUAUUCAAGGAGUCGCUAUCGGUUAUCGUUCCGAAACCGAACAAGCCCUCCUAUUCCAUACCGAAGGCCUUCAGGCCGAUCGUGCUCCUCAUCACUUUCAGUAAACUUAUCAAAAAGAUGAUUGCCAAUAGGAUACAGUUUGACGCUGUCAAGCAUGAUAUCUUCCAUCCCAACCAACUUGGCGGCAUCCGCCAGAGGUCAACUGAGGAUGCUGGAUUGAUUCUGACUCAUCUCGUGUGA